AUGGGAGUACCUGCGUCCACGUUGUAUGACUACUACAAGCGGAGUGUCUUCGCCAAGUACUCUAGAUAUGUGAAGCCCUUGCUGACCCCCGCGAACCAAGCCGCACGAUUGAAGUGGGCUCUUGACUUCGUCCACAAGGACAAUGGUGAGCUUCGCUUGGACGACGUCAUGGACUAUGUUCAUGCGAGAAGUCACCACACUUCUCCUGCAAGUCGAAAAUUUCAUCCCGAAGAUCGGGACCUAGCAACCAAGUCUGAGCCCGCGAAGCGCACGAGUCGGAACCGUCCAGCAGGCCAUCCUGUGAUGAAGCCUGUCACCGUGACACGGGUUGUGUACCGGUGCAUACUCGUCAACAACGUCAUCCCUGCUAUUCGUGCCAAGUGGCCCUCUGCGCCAACAACCGUGAAGAUCCUGCAGAACAAUGCGAAGCCACACGUACUGGUUACCGACCCCGUGGUUGAAGCUGCGUGCCGCCAAGACGGCUGGUCAAUGUCUCUCGUCUGUCAACCGCCCAACUCUCCCGACCUGAAUGUUUUGGACGUUGAAUUCUUCCGAGCAAUGCAGUCCCUGCAAGCAGAGCAUCGUUGA